CAAAAAGAUGGGAAAAAAGGAGAGUGAAGAAAAAUGGAGAAAAUUGAAAAUAUGACGAGAUGAGCUCCGAUUCUGCCGCGAUCGAGGCAGUUGCUUCGCUCUCCCGCCUCAUCUGAUGCUUGGAGUAGACAUGGUGUUGUGCCCGUCGCGUUCCGCGGAGUCGGUGGUGGUGGUGGUGCUGCUGGCGGCGACCGGAUUCGUCUCUCUCUGCAGCUCCGACUCCGGCGAGGGCAUUGCCGCGGAUUCAGCUGCCCUGUGUUCCCAGCUCAUCGAGCCCGCCGGUUAUCCUUGCUCCGAACACACCCUUCAAACGAAGGAUGGUUAUUUAUUGGCUCUUCAGCGCGUCUCGUCCGGGAACAGGGAUUUCUGGGCACAACGGGGUCCUCCUGUUCUACUUCAGCACGGGCUUUUCAUGGCAGGUGAUGCAUGGUUCCUAGAUUCUACAGGCCAAUCUCUAGGCUUCAUCCUAGCAGACCAUGGUUUUGAUGUCUGGGUUGGAAAUGUGCGUGGAACACGCUGGAGCCAUGGGCAUGUAUCUUUGACAGAGAAAGAUAAGGAUUUUUGGGAUUGGAGUUGGGAAGACUUGGCACUGUAUGACCUUGCAGAGAUGAUACACCAUAUAAGUUCAAUAACCAGCUCCAAAGUUUUUCUUGUUGGACAUUCGCAGGGAACAAUCAUGUCUUUGGCUGCUUUAACUCAGCCUGACAUAGCAGAAAUGGUAGAGGCUGCUGCCCUUCUAUGUCCAAUAUCAUACUUGGGACAUGUCAGUGCUCCUCUUGUUCUUCGAAUGGUCAGAAUGCAUCUUGAUCAAAUGGUUGUCGCGUUGGGAAUUCAUCAACUCAACUUUAGAAGUGAAAUUGGAGUCAACCUUUUGGAUUCUGUGUGCGACGGACACAUAGAGUGCAAUGACUUGCUGACUUCCAUAACAGGGAAGAACUGUUGUUUCAAUAACUCGCGAGUGGACUUCUAUUUGGAGUAUGAACCCCAACCAUCAUCCUCAAAGAACUUGCGCCAUCUUUUCCAAAUGAUCCGCAAGGGUAGUUUUGCCAAGUAUGACUAUGGAUUUUUCAAGAACAUGAAGAUAUAUGGUCAGUUGAAACCCCCAGCAUACGAUCUUAAACGCAUCCCACAAACAUUGCCAUUGUGGAUGGCUUAUGGAGGCAAUGACGCGUUAGCAGACAUGGCGGAUCUCCAGCUCACUCUCGAAGAAUUGCAGUCCAAGCCGGAGUUACUGUACAUGGAGAACUAUGGUCACGCGGACUUUCUUGUGGGUUUGAAGGCGCAGGAAGAUGUUUACGACCAUAUGAUUAGAUUCUUUAUGUCGUUUGGGAAAUCGUCGAGUUCUUGAACUGAUGGACUCCUGCAAGUUAUAAGUACACGUGAUAUAUUGUUCAUCAGAAGUGUGUGAAAGAAGUAAAGUGGUAUGUCCUUCCCCAUCUUUGUAAAGCUGAUGAGGCCUGUAUGUUCAAACAUAUGCUGGAUGAUUAAGUUUCAGGGAAAUGCAUACAAGUU